AGUGCUAAGCGUGGUUCGUGCGCUUCUGUGGACGCAUGGCAAAAACUGGCGUCAACCGUCGAUGAUGGUGGAGUUUAGUAUCGAUUCGAACGCGUCGUUAGUCGGUCGGUUAUUCGCGGAGUGUCCAGUUGAGCGCGCGACCGGAAAGCUAAACAAACAGGUGAAAAACUGUGAACAAAACUGGUGCAAAACCUGGCGGAGAUGGCCUCGAGAGAUAGGUGAUGUGAAAUGCUAGGAAAAAAAAGUAUUGCAAUGGAAUGCUGCAACCAAGUGCUUCCGGGAGAAAAUGGUGAUAUUAUGAAAAUGUUAUGAAGUGGAAAUAACGGUUUAAAUUAUUUGAAAAGCAAAACAAAGUGAAUAUAACAUAACAUCCAAUAUCCAGUGAAGAAAAAGUAGUAAUCAAAAGAUUCUAGAAGAAUACCAGUGAAACAUUUAGUGCCAAAAUGAAGUACACCCCAUUGCUCCUAUUCCUAGCGAUAAGUGCAACAUGCGCCGAUUACCCGCCAUUCAAGCCAUUCGUCGGUAGCUUCUCGAAGCCCUCAUUGGUGCAUCCGAUAUGGGCCUCGAAGCAGGCCGCCAAUCACGCUGCUCUGAAGCAGUACAUGGUACAGUUGCGAAGCGGCUCUCGACUGUCCCCGGUAGCAGUCCGACCAGCGCCAGCAAUGAUGAUGAGCCUGAAGCGCCCGGUGAAGUCCGUCUUUUCGCCAACUUACCCCCUGCUGAAGCAGCCGCUGAUCAAGCGACCCCUCAUAGGAUCCGCCGCCCAGUCGCCAUUUGUGCUGAAUCUGAGUUUGAAGCCCAAAUUCCAGAGUUCGCCGCCGGGACCGAAAACGGGAGAAAUCGUCUUCGAGAAACUGAAACCGUUGAUUCCGACGUCCAGCAGUGGCCGCUUGACAUCCCCCAAGGAUGAAGCGAUUCAUACAAUUCCGGCCCCGAACCUGGCCGGUAGCAAAGCCAAAUCGGUGCACCAGCUGAAGAUAACUGCGUUCGAGGACAGCAACCACCUGGAGAUCGACAUCCAGAAGCCGACCAAGGCGACGUUCCCGGCCAAGAGCACGUACGCUUCGCCCUCGCCAACCUAUGCGGCUUUAUCGACGCCACAACCAAUUGCGCCAUUCCAUCACCAUACACCGUAUCCGCCGGCAACGAUCCACCAGUACCAGGUCACCGAAGAUCACACCAACGAUGUGAUGCUGAAAAACCCAUUUUCCGGCCAGAAGACCUACUUCGCUCCGGAUCCCGACCCAUCGCUGCCGAGUAAAACCCUAAAGCCCACCUCAGACCCGCUCAGCGAACCCAGCAAUGGAAAAUAUCUACCCAAUGACCUGCUAAUCCAAGCGCAAACUCAAGCUCAAACUCAGUACCUUCCUCAAGCUAACACUGCCCCACUGAUUCAGAAACCGUACUACGAACUCGUCAACGCAGCUGCUCCACAACCGGGCUACGCCAUCCCGUUGGCCACACAGCCCCAGCUUCAACAACACAUCCUUCAACAGACAUCCAUGCUACAGGGAAUGCCAGUCUCGCUCUACAACCCAACCUAUCUCGUGACCCAGUCCAAUAACCUCUUCAACAACCACCAGCAGCAGCUGCAAACGAACCUUUUCAAACCCGAGACCAGCUUCUUGGGAGCUGUUCAGACCCCACAACCUGACCCGGGAAAUCUUGUGUUCAACUCAUACUCCUACAAGCAUGGCGAACCAGCUGCGAGCACAGGUCAAAUUCUUGCCGCUACACAAGAUCAGCUCCAGGAAUUGCAAACUGCCGUUAGUCAAAUACAGCUGAAUGACCUGCAAUCCCAGCACUCCAAUGACGUCCCAACGUACGCACAACUCGUUGGCCAUGAACAACUAGCACUCCAUCAACAACAGAUUCCGCAGCAGAGCCAACUCGAACAGGAACUUCAACAACAGCUCAUCGAGCAACACGACAAAGCUUCUCGUCAUCAACUCACGGAAGGCGAGAUUGCUAAUCUUCUUAACUAUGGUACCAUAAAUCUACACAAUCAGCUCUCAUCAAACGAUUACUAUCACUACAAUGUUGACCAAGAACAACAACGUCAGCAAGCUGUUUUCAAUCAGCAGCAAUAUCAACCACCGCAACAACAGCAAACGUAUUACGAUCUAUCACAAAGACAGGCCGAAAACGAUAAAAUCCUUGCCCAAGCUCAGCAAGAUCUGUAUCAACAACAACAGCAACAGCAGCAACCACAACCUGCUUCAACACAAUCAACGGAUUACCUUUUAGCCUACCAAGAACAUCAACAGGCCGUAGCAAACGCUCUUGGAGCAACGAACGAUGUUCAGAACAGCAAACGAGCGACAGAAGAACCACAGACAACGACGGCUCCACUACGGAUAUUCGUCCCCGAUUCGGAGAACGAUUAUCCCAACAGCGUAAAAGCUCAGAAAAGGAUGGAUGAGCUAAACUACGACUACGCCGAUGACGAGGAAGGAGCCAACAUGUUCAACACGGAACCCAGUGCCACAAAAGACGAUGAAGCUCUGCCAGAAUAUCAAGAAGAGCAAACAGCAGACAACGCGGCGAGAGACGAGAGCAACGCCGCCACCGAAAACACCGAUUACGACAGCGAAUUCCAUCGAACACAGUACAGCAACCAUCGGUUAGAAUAGGCAGCUCGGCAGGGAGCGUGACAUAUUUCCUUCUAAUCUAAGCCAUGGUCAGUUUUAAGACCAACUGCUUCGUACUGCGGUGUCAUUGGGGGAACCUUAACAAAAAUGAAACGUGUCGAAAUGCGAUACGCUUUGGGAGCCUUGCUUAAACAAAUUUCUAGUGCAAACACAUGGCCAAUCCAAUUAUUUAUUACGAUUCUACAACGUAGGAACCUAUAUAGUGAAUGUCUAUUACGACGUUAUUUAUUAGCUGAUUUUAUGGAAGAAUGCAAGUUUGUCAUUUCUUUAUUUAUUUUAAUAAAAUAUCUUAAAAUUCUCUCUAA